ACAGUGUCAUCGGUGAACCGUCAGCUAUAAUUGACUUGUUUCCAAUUACUCGGGCCAGCCGCCCAUAUUCAGCCGGGCCGACCAGAUCUAUUGCUACCCAGUAUGUUAGUCAAAGGGGCUGCGGCUGCUUCUGCGAGUUCCGGAGAGCCGCGUCCAAGGAUUAGCACGGCCGUCUCUCAUGCGGCCGGCCCUCCCACCUCCAAAAUUUCAACGCCGCCGCCCGCCCGGCAGCCCGUGGGCUUAUUCUCCGAAGUUGCAUUCUCCCCCCCCCCUCCUCCCGGACGGGAUCCCCUUUUCACAGCAACAGUCGGAGUCGCCGCACGUCAUGCGAUUCCCGACCUCGCCGCAGCUCCAAUGCAAGACGGAGGCUGCCUUUACACAAACGUGGCUGAGUGUCAACCUUGUGAUAAAGACACAUGCGGGAAGAUAUUACUAUAUCAAGACAUAGUCUCCAAGAAAGGGGGAGCUUUGCUUGCUGGAACAUCCCUCACGACCCAAUAUCCUCCUCUGGGCUCAGAAAAAAAAAAUGGUUGCUCUACUGUGCACAGCUACGUCUGCUGAACCAAAAACCCAUCAAACAGAGUUUCUCUGACAGGUCUCCCCGCGUCGUCCGCGCCCCCUUGCCGGACAUGACAUGGCCUGACAAGUGAGAU